AUGAGGAAAGCAGUUGAUAAGCUAGAAAUCAACUCGGUCUGCAGUCGGCGACUUGAUCAGUUAUUUCCCUUAUAUGAAAAUACCGAACCAAUCAACAUCGAGAAUUUAACAAACAGCGCCAAAUACGGAAUGCAACGGAAAGUGGACAAGAUGGCUGAUGCAUGUAUUGAAAAUCGGGGAAAUCAAACUCCAGGAUCCAAGAAUAAACAAGAAGACUACAUGGACAAAUUCACAAAAUUCAAGAAAGCGAAGCAGGAGCAACAAUUGCAAUUAGAACCACUUCAGGAAAGGGGAAAAUCAUCAAACAAUGGGUGUGGGCAGAAAAGAAAAUCAUGUCCAGUCACAACUGCCAAAGUACCAUUUAAGAAGUCAAAGGAAAACAGAGCCACUCCAAUUCUCAAUUCUAAGCCAAAAGACACUACUUCUACAGGCAGUAGGACCAGGAAACCUGUUGUGUCUCAACCUUCUGCAAAGAAACCUCUGUCUACUGCUAAUAAGGGUGAUACAGAAACAGAACGAGAACCCACACCUAUGUUAGAAAGACUUAAAAGAUGGAAAGAGGAAAAACAAAAAAGGAUUCUAGAGAAGAACAAAGACAACAGGAAGAAUAUUCCAGGUUUAUCAGGUUCAUGUAAAAAGCACAUAAAACCAAGUGGGCCACUUCCAAUUCAACAGUCUCACACAAGACGGCAAGACACAGCAUCCAAACUGACCGCUGUUCAAAAGGCAGUCAGUCUGUCCUCUCAGAAAACUCCAGGUACUGAAGGGUCUAUUAGUAAGUGGGAAAGGCUGUCCAGGGGUUCAACAAUUAAACCAAAAGAAUCCAGCUCUAGGACCAGCAUGGUGGGUAAAGUCUCUGGACUAGGUAAGCCAGGACAAGGUGCAGCAAGACCAUCAGGAUCAAAAGGUGCUGUCAACAAAUAUCAAGCCAGUACCAGGGGCCGGACAAUCCAAAAACCAGAGGUCAAGCGACGCCAUUCUGAGGUCCAGGCUCGAGGCAGUCCCCUCAGAAGACCUGGAAUACUCAAGAGAAAGUCCUGUAUAGCGAGCUUUGGUGAUAAUGGGGACACAGAAUCAAGCAACAAGGCCCCUUGUCAUGAUGGAGUAUUGACCAUGUCUCCAUCCAGUGAUAAAACAGGUCAGACCACAGUCCAAGAUCUCCCUUGCAGGACUCCAGAUACUGCAAGGACUGUGAGAUUCUACUCCCCUCAACAUAGGACAGACUCUGCUAUCUUCAGAAAAACUCCCAGCAAACAAAGCAAGGAGGAGUCAAUGAGAAACAAACUUAAUGACUGGCUUGUUGCUAAAGGGAAAACACCUUCCAAAUUCCGGCAUUUGAUGUGUUUUGAUGCCAAAAUGUCUGCUAGAAAGAAAAGUGACCCUAAAACAAAGAGAAACAUUACUGUGGAGGAGUUAACAGUACAGCAAAAGGCAAUGGAAAAGGAAGCAACUGUGGCUGUGAAUCUAACAGGGAUGUUUGAUUUGGUGGCUGAUGAAGAGAUGGAGGAGACUACAGCAGGCGAUUGUCAAACACAGGAGGACCCCAGUCUCUCACAGCUUCGUACCAUUCUGGACGAAUGUACCAUCCUCUUUGAGGCAGGUUGUCCCUAUGCAGACAUCCUCAAGUGGCUUGAUUCCAUUGAAAUGAACAUUCCCCUGGCCAGAAAGUCCGCCAUCUUUUACAUUUGCAAGGCACAGGUGUUACGAUCUACCGCAGAUUUAGACAGCGUUCUCAAGGUGUUUGAAGAGGCAGUCAUUAAUGCAGCCCAGCCAGCACAAGAACUGGCCACAGCACUAACAGAAAUCAUAAAAGAAAUCAGCAAGGAGAGAGAGAGGAAAGCUCACCAGAAUGGAAUCGAGAAACGCAUUCAGGAGGAAAACAUCUUUGAAUCAACAUCUAUCAAAUACUGUGUUCGUCAGGUUACCCCAUUCUCAAAGAGAAGCAGAAAAUCAACUGGUGAUACUUCAAUAGGAUCCCAGUGUGCUGUAUUAACACCAGUGAGACGGUCAACUCGCAGAAGUCUCGUCAACCUCCCAGAAGGUCUGCAAGAAAAAACACCAUUGUUCAACUCACUGGAAGAGCUCUCUGAUUCGGACAAGAAAAAGACAUUGUACAAAGAGAAUGAAGCCUUGAAAAGAAUGUAUACAAAAGACAAAGUCCUUGAUCAGAUGAAGCCAGAUUUUAUUGAUACAGACAAUGAAAUUUUGACCUAGAUUUAUUGUUAAAAUGACUGUACACAUGCUCUAUAUGUUAUUCUUGUGACUAUUCCAACAUCCUAUGCAUUUCUUCAAUGCAGUUCCCUCCCCCUUUUUUUCUUUUUUAAGAAUUUCACUGAGGGUAUUGCUAGUGCUGAAGUAAUGUCAACAUUAAAUUAGGAGUAUGACCAACAUCAAAAAAGUGGUUAUAGCAUGAGCACCACUUUAAGGGUAAGUAAAUUUUCGCUCUGAAAUUUUUUUUGCUGAAAUAGAUCCAUAUUAUUUUCCAUGACAAAUAUUUUCAUUUAGCCAAUUAAUUCUGUGAAUCAAUGUUACUUU